UCCGGGUUUGUGAUCUGUUGUCACGUGUACGUUGUAUUGGAGUUUAGCAGUAUAUACCCUAUAGUGUCUAGUCUUAACUCUAUGGGUAAAGUAAACUGGAGUAAAUAAGUAACUGAGUGUUUGUCUAAGUUACUUAGACUAACAUUACUAACCACAGGACAGCCUAGAUUAUACCAAGUGAUUUGCGGAUCUUCGGCCUCUCUGCUUUACAGAGGAAGAUGAGUAUAACACGUCUCUGGAGAUCUUACCAGGGGCUAAUGGCCAAAAAGCCAUGGACUGUCCAAAUAAUAACAGCUGCUUUUCUCUUCCACAUACUGUCAUCCAACAGGCUCUCUGAUGGGAGUAGGGGAUAUCAUCUCCCAGCAGCUAAUUGAGAGACGUGGCUGGAACAAGCAUAACAUUAUACGCACCACAAAGAUGAUGAGCAUUGGCUUCUUUUUUGUCGGACCAGUAAUUGGUGGAUGGUACAGAGUACUAGACAGAUUUGUCAUUGGGACGACCAAAAGCACAGCACUGAGGAAAAUGCUACUUGACCAGGCGUGCUUUGCUCCUUGUUUUCUCGGAACAUUCUUAGGAAUCUACGGAGUUCUUAAUGGGCUCACUGUGGAAGAGAACGUAGCUAAGCUCAAGAGGGACUAUGCAGAUACCUUGAUCACCAAUUACUAUUUGUGGCCUGCUGUUCAGAUCGCCAAUUUUUAUUUCAUCCCCCUUCAACACAGAUUGGCUGUUGUGCAGAUUGUUGCUGUGGCGUGGAAUUCAUACCUCUCAUGGAAAGCCAAUAAAAUGUAGAGAGACGUAUUGUUGCCUUACUGGUGCAUUUUGUGGAAAUUCAUCGGGGUAACAAAUUAACUUCAGGAAUUCAUUUUAGGAAUAAAAAUUGUAAAAGGAAAAGACAAGAAAGACCAAUAUAAAUACACUAUUUUCAUGUUACACUAGGGGAACGGAAUGUCAUUAUUAUUAUUAUUAUUAUGAAUAUUAUUAUUAUUAUUAUUAUUAUUGCUGUUGUUGUUUUCAUUGCUGAUGCUAACGUUAGCAUUAUUACUACCAUCCACCAUUUUAAAUGAUAGUUUACUUCAACAAAAUCUCCUGUCAUCGCAAUUUCCCUUCAAAUUUGAGGAACAUUUUCUAUGAAAACUGGAACAUGUUGUACACUUCCUGCCAUGCCAUGUUUUUCUUUUUUUUUUUGUUUAAGAGCAGAAUUUUAUGAAUAGUCAUCUCUCUGUAGGACCCAGUGAGGCAGUUAUGAGCUUCUAUGAACUGUGAAUUAAAGAUUUUUACUCAAGCAGGUAGUUGAUAUUGAAAUAAACAUCUCUGUGAAUAGAUUUUAUUUCACCUUUCCCAGAGAGGUUUCUUAGCUUUUCACAUGUAUUAAGUUACAAUUUAUUAAAACGUAAUUAAUUAAAAGCA